UUUGUGGAUCACAACAUGGCAGACAGGCAUGAGACAUCGAACGCGGAAUGUCGAGUACACCAGCUGUGCCUUCGAGAAGUGCCAUUACCCGACUAACUUUCGAUGUUUCUCCUGGAGGAUACAGCCCCUUUCUGAGCAACACUGGAAAGUCUAUCGUGGAAAAAGUCACCCUUCUACCGGAGAAUGCUCGUAUCCUAGAGGUGUUAGCUACCGAUCCGUCACUGGCGACGCUAGAAGUGGCCCUGGAGGACGAAGGCAAUGCAAAAGUCAGCCACAUGACACAAACGCUCUGGGUAGCGGAAGCCUUCAGUCUAAUAGUCCUCAUUCUGGGUACAGUCAUAGUCUGCUGCGUGCAACGAAAACUGUCCAAUUGGAUGGGUCUUUUCCUGGGACUCGCAACUUUCUUGUUCAUUUGUCUGUCUGGCCUGCUGAUGCUUCUCAUCUCGAUGUUUGGCACCCGCAGUAAUAUGGUUCGCACUCUAGAAGCAGAGCUACCUCAGACUUACUCGUGGAUCUUUGAAACGUUGCUCGCCUACGUCGUCCGCACUUCGCGCGAACUUAUCCACGAGGAAACUGCUCAUAACCAGGCAUCUGCAAAAGACAUCGAGAAGAGGGUUCUCGACGAGAUGGGAAGGACAGAGAGCGCCAUCAACCUCGUGCGGGGAAAUCUCAGCGUGUUCGACGAGCGCUUCGACGUCUACGAGACGGUCAAAUCCACGAUUGAAUCUUCGCUACUAAUUCCAUCCGCUAUCCUCGCCAUCGUCGUCACGGUAGCGGUUAUCGUCUGCUUUGCUGGGUUGUACAACAUCGGCAGCGUGAAAGCUGGCAGACGGACCAUGUUGGGACCUGCCUUUCUGGUGGCGGGCGUGCUACUGCUGGUCUACAAUCUUCUGGCGUUUCCCUUCCUCAUCCAUCUCUUUCCGUCCUGUGUCCUAGGGCAGGGCUGCGUCUGUGGUCCGUACGAAGCUGGGACGUACGCGUUGCUUGACGACGGUAUUGAAAAGCUGUGGCCGACGGCGUCCAGGGAAGCACCGUACGGUCGCUUGGUUCCCAGCGUUGUACUGCAGCAAUGUGAAAAACCGGGGAAGUCCGUGGUGGAUUUAGUUCCAGCGAAGAAGAAAAAGUCGGACUGGCACUAUGCCGCAGCCAGAGCAGAAUAUCAGAAGGCAACAAGCAGCAACGCCAGCGGAACCACCAUUGGGGAUUGCUCUGUAGUGCAAAACAUCAUCACUGCCGGAAUGACUGCCCUUUGCCCCAUGUUCGUCGAUGAUCUCUUGGGCUACUGGGCCUCCCACCUCUUUGCUGUCGUCAUAGCCUUCAUAGCAGCCAUUCUAUGCUUCAUAAUGGCUGCCAAGUUCAUGGUCACCCCGAAGAAGCGAAGGCGAAAAAAGAAAGAAAGGCGAAAGAGACGUCGCAAGAAACGGAGACGCAAACGGUCACCAUCCAAACACUCACCUCCUCCUGAACCGCUCGCCUCACCACCUUCCAAGGAGAAACCAUCUCCGCCGCCGACACCGCCGACACCAGCCCCCGCGCCCAAAACUACGACGUCUCGGGAGACCUUGAUCUCUAGAAGGAGUACAAUCCACAUACCGAUUCCACUGCCAGUUCCCGUUUUCGUCGAAAGCAGUUCGUCUUCGUCGCGUUCUACUAUCAUUCUGGCUGCCAGGAAAGAGAAGUCUGACCCACCAUCGCCGCCUCGAAAGAUUCACGUGACAUCUCCGUCACCACCGCCGCCACCUCCCAUGCUGCCUCGGCAACCGAUCGUGGCGUACCCGCCAGUUCCGCCCCCAUUUCACCCUUAUUACCCAUUCCAAUAUCAACAACCACAUCCACAAGCAGCUCCAACUCGCAUGACACCGUGGCUUUCGGGUAUGACAGACAACCAACAGUCUGCGUUGCCGUACUUGAACCUUACCCAUCACGGGCCUGCUGGAUACGCAACAACAUCUACUUAUCAGUCACCAUACACACAUCAGUACCAGGGGGAGUCGAUCCGCUGCACCUGCCCGCAACCUGCGCAGCCCCUCACGAACCCGACAGCCGCGAUGCCAUCGGCAAGCCGGCAGACACUGAGACGCACUAUCUCCCGUCUGGUGCAGCGAAUGCGUUUCACCAACACAGAACGAAUACUCGAGCCCUAGUAAUUGGCGCCUGUUUCAAGAAUAUUGUGAACUGAUGUACUAAAUAUGAGCAAUAAUUCGAG